CGGCCGGGCUCCGCCGAGUCCCCGCCCGGGGGCGGGCCGGGGCCGGAGCCGGGGCCGGGCCGGGGCCGCCGUCGCGGCCGCGGGGCAGAGCGGCCCGGCGGGCGGGGGCCAUGGCCAAGGCCUACGACCACCUCUUCAAGCUGCUGCUGAUCGGCGACAGCGGCGUGGGCAAGACCUGCCUCAUCAUCCGCUUCGCCGAGGACAACUUCACCAGCACCUACAUCUCCACCAUCGGGAUCGACUUCAAAAUCCGUACGGUGGAAAUUGAAGGGAAGAAGAUCAAACUGCAGAUCUGGGACACGGCGGGACAGGAGAGGUUCAAAACCAUCACGACAGCCUACUACCGCGGAGCCAUGGGCAUCAUCCUCGUGUACGACAUCACGGACGAGAAAUCCUUCGAGAACAUCCAGAACUGGAUGAAGAGCAUCAAGGAGAACGCGUCUGCCGGCGUCGAGCGUCUCCUCAUCGGCAACAAGUGCGACAUGGAGAGCAAGCGCAAGGUGCAGCGGGAGGAUGCUGAGAAGCUGGCGAAGGAGUACGGGAUCCGCUUCUUCGAGACCAGCGCCAAGUCCAGCGUGAACGUGGAAGAGGCCUUCAGCACGCUGGCGCGGGACAUCCUGCUGAAAACCUCCCGGAAAGCGGGUCAGAGCAACAAGCCCUCCCUGGACCUGGGCUCCCAGAAGAAGGGCAGCAGCAGAUGCUCCGUGGCGCCGGCGGCGGCGAUGGCGGCGAGUGACGAGCGGCGCUUGGCGGUCCCAGUGGCGGCCACGCCGUGCUGGCAGGUGGAGGACUUCGUGGUGGCGCAGGAGUGCACCCAGUGCACCAGCUUCCAGGCGAAGACGAUACCGGACUGUAGCCCGACAGGCUUCAUCGAGAAGAUUAACUGCGCCACCUCCAAGAGGGAUGAGUUCAAGAGCUGCCGCUCGGCGGUGAUGGAGGCGCACAUUUUCUGGAAGUUCGUGGGCACUAUGAUGUGCGUGGCUGCGGUCUUCGCCGUGCUGGUCGUGUGCCGCCAGCGAGUGCUGGACAGGAAAGCCCUCGAGAAGGUCCGCAAGCAGAUUGAGUCCAUUUAGCGCUGCCUGCCCGGAGCAGGGCCGGGAGCGCCUGGACUGCGGAGACUCUGCUCUCCUGCUGCUCCCAAAGGAGGUGGGAGACGAAACUCUUGCCUGGGACGGGCCCUGCCCUGGCAGCGCGCCGGCUCCCACCCUGCGAACGCGGAGCUCUGCGGGGAGCUGCCCUGUGCUCCGCUGCUGCCUCAAGACGCGACGGGGGAGUCCCGUGAAGGCAGCUGAGGAGCCUCUUGUGCCCGCCGGGCUGGUGCGGGGCCCGUGGGGCCCGGCCCCGUGGCCGCUUCCGGCCUCCCGCACACGGGGAGCGGUGCUGUGCCUGCGCUCCCGGCCGCUGAGGGAACGGAGCGGUCCGGGCAAACGCAGCAGCCGCCUUCCCUGAGUGGAGGCCGUGAAAUAAACCUGGAUCAUUGUC